AUGCCCGGGGGAAAGAGAGGGCUUGUGGCACCGCAGAACACUUUUCUGGAGAACAUCGUCCGGCGUUCAAGUGAGACCAGCUUCCUCCUGGGAAACGCUCAGAUCGUGGAGUGGCCUGUAGUUUACAGCAAUGACGGAUUCUGCAAGCUGUCGGGCUUCCACAGGGCUGAGGUCAUGCAGAAGAGCAGCACAUGCAGUUUUAUGUACGGAGAGCUGACGGACAAGAAGACCAUCGACAAAGUCAGGCAGACGUUCGACAACUAUGAGUCCAACUGCUUCGAGGUCCUGCUGUACAGGAAGAACAGAAGUCCAGUGUGGUUCUACAUGCAAGUGGCUCCCAUCAGGAACGAGAACGACAAGGUGGUUCUGUUCCUCUGCACGUUUAAGGACAUCACCCUCUUCAAGCAGCCCAUCGAAGACGAAACCACCAAAGGAUGGACCAAGUUUGCUCGGCUGACGCGGGCGCUGACCAACAACCGCAACACGCUGCAGCAGCUGGCGCCCAUCAGCAAGCAUGAAGUCAGCCAUAAGCAGUCCAGACUGGCAGAGGUUUUGCAGCUGAACUCCGACAUCCUGCCGCAGUACAAGCAGGAAGCCCCCAAGACGCCGCCCCACAUUAUCCUUCACUACUGCACCUUCAAGACCACCUGGGACUGGGUCAUCCUCAUCCUCACCUUCUACACGGCCAUCAUGGUGCCCUACAACGUCUCCUUCAAGACCAAGCAGAACAACAUCGUGUGGCUGGUGCUGGACAGCGUGGUGGACGUCAUCUUCCUGGUGGACAUCGUCCUCAACUUCCACACCACCUUCGUGGGGCCCGGCGGCGAGGUCAUAUCCGACCCCAAGCUCAUCCGCAUGAACUACCUGAAGACCUGGUUCGUCAUCGACCUGCUGUCCUGCCUGCCCUACGACAUCAUCAACGCCUUCGAGAACGUGGACGAGGGCAUCAGCAGUCUGUUCAGCUCUCUGAAGGUGGUCCGCCUGCUGCGUCUGGGCCGGGUGGCCAGGAAACUGGACCACUACCUGGAGUACGGUGCUGCUGUUCUGGUCCUGCUGGUCUGCGUGUUCGGGCUGGUGGCUCACUGGCUUGCUUGCAUCUGGUACAGCAUCGGAGACUACGAGGUCAUCGACGAGGCCACCAACACCAUCAAGAUGGACAGCUGGCUCUACCAGCUGGCCAUCAGCAUCGGAUCGCCUUACCGCUACAACACCAGCGGGUCGGGCCAAUGGGAGGGCGGCCCGGGCAAGGACUCUCUGUACAUCACCUCUCUGUAUUUCACCAUGACCAGCCUGACCACCAUCGGCUUCGGCAACAUCGCCCCCACCACCGACGGAGAGAAGAUCUUCUCUGUGGCCAUGAUGAUGGUGGGAUCUCUGCUCUAUGCCACCAUCUUUGGAAACGUGACCACCAUCUUCCAGCAGAUGUACGCCAACACCAACCGCUACCACGAGAUGCUCAACAACGUCAGGGACUUCCUGAAGCUCUACCAGGUUCCCAAGGGGCUGAGCGAGCGGGUGAUGGACUACAUUGUCUCCACCUGGUCCAUGUCCAAAGGCAUCGACACAGAGAAGGUCUUAUCAAUCUGUCCCAAGGACAUGCGGGCCGACAUCUGUGUUCACCUCAACAGGAAGGUGUUCAACGAGCAUCCUGCAUUCCGGUUAGCCAGCGACGGCUGCCUGCGCUCACUGGCGGUGGAGUUUCAGACCACCCACUGCGCCCCCGGAGACCUCAUCUUCCACGCCGGGGAGAGCGUCGACACCCUGUGUUUUGUUGUGUCGGGGUCGCUGGAGGUCAUCCAGGACGAUGAGGUCAUCGCCAUCUUAGGUAAAGGCGACGUGUUCGGUGACGUCUUCUGGAAGGAAACCACCCUGGCACAUGCGUGCGCUAACGUCAGAGCGCUAACGUACUGCGACCUCCACGUCAUCAAGAGGGAAGCCCUGCUCAAGGUGCUGGAGUUUUACACGGCCUUCGCCAACUCCUUCUCCCGGAACCUCAUCCUCACCUGCAACCUGCGCAAGAGGAUAAUUUUCCGCAAGAUCAGCGAGGUUAAGAAGGAGGAGGAGGAGAGACAGCGGGCGAAGAACGAGGUGCAGCUCACCAUCCCGCAGGACCAUCCUGUUCGGAAGCUUUUCCAGAAGUUCAAGCAGCAGAAGGAGCUGCGCAACCAGGGGGCGGCGGCCGCCUCUCAGCUGGACCUGGAGAAGAACCAGCUGCAGGUGGAGCAGCACCACCACCAGCACCUGCACCCCCACAGCCUACAGCUGGGCCACUCCAGCCUGCAGCACUCCCUGCCGCUCAGCCUGCAGCGCCCCCCCUGCUCCAUGCAGAACGGGGCUCCACCCAGCAGCAGCGUGCUGACCGUGUCUCAGGUCACGCCCAUGCAGAGCUCGCUGGCGUACGGCCAUCCCGGCGAGCCUCCCGCCAAGCAGAACAACUGCGAUAUCAUGGAGCUGCAGCCCAGCUCCGCCGGAGGGGGGGGCGAGCAGACUGUCAGGCUCAAAGUCAGCACCAGCCCCGUGCUGGGGAAGCCGGCCGUCAAGGCCAGCGGCUGGAUGCGCCUGAAAAACAACAUGGCUCCAGUGGAGGCCAAGAAGGAGGGGCUGAACAACAACGUCAAGGCCGUUUCCGUGGAGAUGCUCUCUCAGGAGGGUAAAGGUCAGGAAGCGGGACGGAGCGGGGAUGUCGAGGAGGGCGGGGUGUCCAGCAACAACCCGCUACGCAAGACAGACUCCUGCGACAGCGGCAUCACCAAGAGUGAGCUGCGCAUCGACCGGGCGGGGGAGGCGCGGACCCCCGCUGCGGUCACCCCCCUCCUCCACAGCCCUCUCCCCGGAGGAGUGGGGUCCCCUCACCCGUUCUGCCCCAUCCCUGAGCAGGCCCUGCAGGCCGCGCUGCACGAGACCCGGCUGGAGCUCCGGGGGGACAUCCAGACUCUGGGAGGCCGUCUGGGCGCCCUGGAGAGUCAGGUAGCCGAAAUUAUCAAACUGCUGUCGGACAAGAAGCCGGCGUCCACGGGGGCGCCGCCCGCCUCCACCACGCCCAAAACCAAAAUACAACGUCAGGACAUUUUCACCGUUUCCAGGCCUGUUUCUCCGGACUCGGAGAAGGACGAGGGGCUCUGA